CAAGAUUCCAUCUUGAUUAGUUUUCCAUCCACAAUAUCAUGUCUCGAAGACUGACCCUAACAUUUUUGAAGAAGAACUGGGAGUUUUCCAUCGCGGUAUUCAUUCUUGCCUACUACUUGCUAGUACAUGUUGUUCUUGGCUCAGCACACAGGCAUCAUGACUCGGGCCUAAACGCCCACUUGAGAGUGAUCCCACAAGAUGUCAUAAGCCAUUGGGACCAGGCAUCAUCGUUUCACGACCAUACUGUGGAGAAGUAUGCAUACGUCCAAUACGCCACUGGCUACGACUACCUCAACAUGGCCAUCAUCAACUUCAUCCUCUUAAAGAAGUCUGGAUCCGCCAUCAAGAACAUGGUGGUGUUGUACGAUAGUGAGUUACAGCGCCACCACGUUGAUCACUGGCAGAGACUUCAUCCUCUUGCCAGCAAGUACGGAAUCACGCUCAAGUCAGUAACCGCCAUCACUGCUGACAGUAAGGACAGUUCCAACUGGGCAGCCUCCUUCACCAAGUUCCACGUCUUCGAUCAGACUCAGUACGACAGAAUCGUAUUUUUUGACCUGGACUCUAUGCUCGUCCCAGAUAGCAAUGGCCAAUGGCAGAACAUCGAUGAACUUUUCAAGAUUCCCCAGAACAUUACCUACGCAUUGCCCCAGGCAUACUGGCUCAACAACAUCGUGGAACUGAAGGAGGGCUUUAACAACGUUUAUCACAAGAAGGUGGAGAUUCCGUCGCCCAAGCGGUACCAUACACAAGUACAGGGGAUAUUGAAGAAUAUGAAUAGAAAUGCCGACCAAUUCUUGGAGUUGCCCACGUUGAUUUACGACCAUCACAAGUACGAUAACAGGGACGACUUCUUUGCCAACCAUGUCAUGGUGCUCACGCCAUCGAAAAAGGUGUAUAAUGAAUUGCUCCAGUACAUCCACAACCCAUGGCACUGGUCGAUAUUCAGCCGCUCCAAGCUUAAGAAAAAGAACGACUACGACAUGGAGAUCCUCAAUAAGUACUUGGAUGACCAGCUUCGCAGCAAGGAGCCUAAUACCAGGGUGGGUGUGCUUCCACACCGCACAUACGGAGUGUUGACAGGCGAGUUCAAAGAAAGAUGGCACCGUCGGUUCGUGGUGGAGCCCCAGCACCUUCCUUUCAUCACUAAGCAAUCCAGCGAGGGAUGGGACGCCUCUCAGGCUCGCAAGGACGCCAAAUUGAUCCACUUCUCGGACUCUCCCAUCCCCAAGCCAUGGGACAACCAGGACUCCACCCUGUACUAUAACCAGUUCAAGAUCUACUGUGCGGAGUCUGCACGGAAGGAUCCUGCCACUUUCCGGGAAUUGUACCCUGGUGAAUGGCAGCCACGACUCGUGGACGACUGUGAGGCUGUUCUCAGUUGGAAUUCAUAUAGAGCUACUUUCUACGAGGUGCAGAAGGAGUUUUGGGUGGUUUAAACUCAUGAUCUGCUUUGUCUUUUGCAGACUGUUUUUAGCAAAUGCCCCAUUGUACAUGCUGUGUUCUCGGCAAGUUGCGGCAAAGCCUGUCUACGCUUGUGUAAAACACACCGAAAAUUGUCUACGGGCCUGCACUAGCGCGAGUCAAUCAAGCAAAGAAGAACCCAUGUGAAGUAUUGUUGGACGGCAGCGCCCUGCCAGUUGUGGUUGGCCCAGCACGAACGCCCUGAGAUUUUGCAUCCACCUGAAAGAAUACUACCAGUACAAACAUAAAUACUAUUUGUAAAGUAGGGACUAGAUUAUUUUGCGACAAAAGCUUCUAAAACAGCACCACUAUAGCGGUAGCAUGAGAUUCUGAGUAGCAUUAAAUGGCUGAUUGUUUAGUAUGAGUAUGUAGGUACUAUUAAUUUUAUGGCAAUCGUCCCUAACAA